CCAUCGCGUCGCCUGCAGAUCCAAAAUGGAGUCGUUUUCCUCCAAACCGGGACCAACGAGAUUGAGGUCCUAGUUGGUACCUUGCAUGCCAAGUCAUGGCGUCCGUCAGUACGGGAAGCAGAGUGUCCUGCGGGAGAGAUUUGAAUUGCGUGCCAGAAGUUGACGAAACAUUAACUGCGGUCGCCAAACUCGGGUUUGACUUCGUAUGCAUGCCCCUCUUCCACCCGAGGUUCAGGAGGGAAUUUGAGUUGGAACCCGCUAAAUCUCGACCCGGUCCACAGACGCGGUCUGACCUGCUGCUGUGUGGAAGAGAUUGGAACACUCUGAUUGUUGGGAAGCAGUCCGCAUGGAUCGACACAGAUUGUGAAGUGGAGACAGUACGCAGAAGCUCAGAAGCUGCGCUGGCACAGGAAUUGCAUUUCUCAGCCUACUUGGGUCUGCCAGUCUUCAUGAUGUUUUUAAAUGGACCUCAUAAAGCAAAUCUUGCUCGUGUGCUGCUUAAUCAUAUCCAGUCUGGACACCACACCACAAAUUUCUGGAUUCGAGUUCCACUGAUGGCACCUGAAGACAUACGGGAGGACCUGAUUGAGAAUGAGCCGGUCACAUGUAUUGAUGAGACAACUAUAGAUGAGAAGACCUGGAACUGGUGGCACUCAUUAAGGACACUUUGUGAUUACAACAAGAGGAUUUUUCUUGCCAUUGAAGUGGGAGCAGACAUGCCUUCAGAAACUGUGAUUGAUAAGUGGCUUGGGGAACCAAUCAAAGCAGCCAUACUUCCCACCAGCAUCUUCCUAACCAACAAGAAGGGAUUUCCUGUUUUAUCCAAAGCACACCAGAGAAUAAUUGUCCGACUUUUCAAGUUGGAGGCACAAUUCAUCUUUACUGGUACAAGUCGUCACACUGACAAGGACUUUCGCUCAUACCUGCAGUACCUGGAAUACCUCAGUCAGAACCGCCCAGCUCCCAAUUCCUAUGAGCUCUUUGCUAAAGGUUAUGAAGACUACCUCCAGUCUCCCCUACAGCCUCUCAUGGAUAACCUGGAGUCACAGACUUAUGAAGUUUUUGAGAAGGAUCCUAUUAAAUAUUCACAGUACCAACAGGCUGUGUAUAAAUGCCUUCUCGAUCGAGUCCCGGAGGAUCAGAAAGACACCAACGUUCAAGUGUUGAUGGUGUUGGGGGCAGGCAGGGGUCCCCUGGUCAAUGCAUCUCUGCGUGCUGCCAAGCAAGCCGAGCGCAAGUUGAAAGUUUAUGCUGUUGAAAAGAAUCCCAACGCUGUCAUCACGCUGGAAAACUGGCGCUUUGAGGAGUGGGGAGAUCAGGUGACUGUGGUGUCAUCUGACAUGAGAGACUGGACCUCGCCUGAGAAGGCUGACAUCAUUGUCAGCGAACUGCUUGGAUCAUUUGGCGAUAAUGAACUUUCCCCGGAGUGCUUGGAUGGAGCGCAGCACUUUCUCAAAGAUGAUGGCGUGAGCAUUCCCUGCUCCUACACCUCCUUCCUUGCACCGCUGUCCUCCUCCAAGCUGUAUAACGAAGUCCGAGGCUGCAGGGAACGCGACAAGGAUCCCGAGUCCCACUUCGAAAUGCCAUAUGUAGUACGUCUCCACAACUUCCACCAGCUGGCUGAGCCCAAAGCAUGCUUCACCUUCACACACCCCACAAAAGAUAUGAACAAUAACCGUUACCAGUGCCUCAAAUUCUCAGUGGGUUGUAACUCGGUCCUCCAUGGCUUUGCUGGGUACUUUGAGACCACACUCUACAAAGAUGUUACACUCAGCAUAAAACCUGAUACACAUUCGCCUGGAAUGUUUUCGUGGUUCCCCAUUCUCUUCCCCCUCAAACAACCCAUCUCUAUUUCACGUGAUGAUGAUGUCACGGUGCGAUUCUGGCGCUGCAACAAUGGAAAGAAAGUGUGGUAUGAAUGGGCUGUGACAGAGCCGGCGUGCUCUGCAAUUCACAACCCUGCUGGACGCUCCUAUACAAUCGGACUGUAAACAGGACCGCAAUCUUGUCCUUACGUUCCGACUUCGUAUUUUCUUUUUGUAACAGUUGUGGCGAUGUGUGUGCCUCAUUGUCAGUUAUACGAGGUCAGAUUAUCCUAACACAAUGUGGAAAAAAACACAUUCAGUGUCCUUGUUUUGUGUUUUGUUUUUGUAUACAGCAAAGAAUCACCACAAACAUUAAAUCUAGCACAAACUAUGCCUUAUUGAAGAAAUUCCAUUAAAAUAAACACCUGUCUGUUCAAUUGACGAAUAUAGGGACUCCUGUGGCACUGAGAUUACAUGCUAAAAUACCCCAUUAUUUUGUAUUUGUAUGUUUAAAUCAUGUCAAUAAAGACGCUGUUAUGUUCUAUUUUUU